AUGGCGGUGCUUCAAGCCCUCAAAACCACUGCGACUUGCUCCUCCGAAGGCAAAGACCUUCCCUACUGGAGCACCAGAUGUCCUGCCCCAGUACCACCACCACCCCCAGCACAGCGACUGCUCCCUGCUUCAGUACCAUCGUCACCACCACCACCUGCAGCACCAUGGUUGAUUCCUGCACCACCACGACCCUCGACAUCAAAGCCAUCGUGGGUUGGUGCAGACCCAUGUACUCACGCCUUUCAUUCCUGGCUUUGUCAGCCGUCACGUCCACGACUCAAAUUCUCUCCAACACUUCUCCCCCGAAGAACACACCACCCUCGUCCUCCAACUCCUAGUACUCGUCUUCCUCCAGCUCCCUCAACCCCAAAACCAAUGGAUGCCCUGCUAGACCCAGAAGCAUCUUUCCAGUCUCCAGAAUCUAUAUUCUUCCCCGAUAAUUUCCUCACUACCACAAGACCGUCGCUUCCACCACCACCUCCCACAAGAGUGCCUCCGUCACUUCCACCACCACCUCCCACAAGAGUGCCUCCGUCACUUCCACCACCACCUCCCACAAGAGUGCCUCCGUCAUUUCCACCACCACCUUCCACAAGAGUGCCUCCAUCGCUUCCAUCACCACCUCCCACAAGAGCGCCUUCAUCUACCCUGGCACCGGCUGCAGGAAGCCUCAUGGAUGAUGACUCCCAGGCGCUGCCUCAGGCUAGCCUGGACUCAGACCCACAGCCAGAGCCAGAACCCACGCGUGAUAACACCUGCAAUCAUCCCUUCCACAGCUUCCUCUGUCAGAAACCCAAAAGACGUCAGUUUAAUAAGCCUUUUGCAAGACCUGCCACCCUCCCCUUCCCUACAGCAACACUGCCGCCACCUCCAGCAGAAGAGCCCAAGGCUGAAGCCUCUUUCGUUGAUCCAGCUGCUAAGAUAGAAGAUCCAGAGAGCCGUCGAAAUAUUCCAGAUCCCCUUCCCGCUCCAAGGACAACGGCAACACUCCGGCCCAAGCACGACCAGUGUAGCCAUCCAUUCCAUUCAUGGUUGUGUGCUCCAGCACCAGGAAGAUCCAGGACCCGCAGCACCUCAACCACCCCCAACAGCUUCCUUGUGAGGCUAACGGAAAUACCAAACAUUCAAAGCUUGCCGCUGGAAAAUGAGAGUGAUGGGGGUGUGUCGGGAUUUCAGUCUCUGCAAAAUUUUGGAAAAUCGGUGAGUGGAAGAACAGAGGAGAGUGGAGGCAGUGGUGUGGCUUCAAGCAGCUUCUUGGUGUUCACUACAACUGACACACCCACCUCACAGUCCAUGCCCACAGUUACUACUGUUCCAACACCAUCAAUCAUUGUAACAGUGCCAAUUAUUCCAACAGUGCCAACCAUUCCAACAGUGCCAACUAUUCCAACAGUGUCAACCAUUCCAACAGUGCUAACCAUUCCAACAGUGCCAACCAUUCCAACAGUCCCCACUCAUCUUGAAGUUAUUCCAACUGUCCCAACUGUUUCAAAUUCAAAUUCUGUACGUCCAAUUCGUAAUGUGCAGACGUCGCCAAAUGCUUCAGUGUUUCAGAGUUGGUCGUUGCUGCUCAGCAAAGAAUGGUUAGAUGACAUGAAGAUGCGUAAGGUGCCGCACGGGGAGUCUGGACCCUCCUCGACUUCGCGUAUUACUUCACCCUCAACCAUCCACCACAGUGUUAGUAACGAGAGUAUUCUGGACCUCGCUCCUCUUCAAAUAAAUUCUUCUCCCCCUUCCUCGCCUCCUUCACUUCCUAACCCACCUUCGUUUCUUCCUUAUCCUAUUCCUCCUCUUCAUGGACUAGCAAGUGGCGUGGUGAGGGCGCCCACGGACGAGACCCUGGACGCCUUAGGCUCUUCCCAAUCCGUUCUUGUGGCCAGGUUGCCCGAGGAGCCCACGCCUUUUGGGGUUUACACGUUCGAGCCUCAACGAACGGUCUCCAGGAAACCGUAUGUCUUCUAAGCUCCCUGAUGAAGAAGUACGUCGUCCAGAUACCCAGGAUGAUGGGCCAUGAGGUAACACCAGUUAGACAACUCGGAUCAUAACACAAGAAAAUAAUACAUCACACACUAACGGAAGAUACUGCAGAACGAAGUUUGUCCCUCAACUGGCGAACCUCAAUGAAAGGAGAAAAAGAGGAACCCAUCAGCUCCAGUCAGGUCACCACCGUCGGCAAACAAUUUUCCUCAAAGACGCUGAGAGUCGUGGCUAAAAACGAAGAAACAAAUACUUGGAAACAUAUUACGACAGCAAUAUUUCGACUUGUGUCUGGUUAUGUUACAACGGCAGCAUAUGACUGAUGUGAAUUGCUUGUUAAUGUGAAGCAUAUGACAAUUGUCUAAACCAAAAUUUGACAAUGAAAUGAAUGAAAUGGAAGCAUACGAACAUCAAAUUCCGUGUCAUAUUUAUAGACAACUUGUGAUAAAAAUGUUGCGAACUCUUGUGGGUAUGAAAACCCCGUAUACAGGUGGCUAUACUACGGUAUAUAUGACUCCAUGAGGAAGUGGAGAAGAAUCCUUCCUCCGUAAGCCAUGCGCGCCGUAAGAGGCGACUAAAAUGCCGGGAACAAGGGGCUAGUAACCCUUCUCGUAUAUAAAUUACUAAAUGUAAAAAGAAGAAACACUUUAUGAAAGUUUUCCUUCUUUGUCGGGUCACCCUGCCUCGGUGGCAGACGGCUAAUGUGUUAAAUA